AUGAUAUCUAGUAAGACUAGUUUCAGUAUACCUCGAGUGGCCAGCACGAGUAUACAGCAGGUCCGUUAUAAAAGAAAAUUGGCCUAUCCACAAUAUACUCAUAAAAUCCCCAAACAAUCAUUCAAUAAAAAAGAUCAUUCAAGUUUCUUUCAAAGAGCUAUUAAAGAAUGGUUAGGACCAAAGAAUAUUAGAGGUGAAUAUUAUAGAAAUAAAUAUUAUUAUCCUCCUCAAAAUCAUAGACCAAAUUAUAUUGUCCCUGAUGGUAAUACUAUAGUGGGUAAAGAAAGUGUUGGAUCAUCUAUACCAAUGGGAGCUCAAGCAUUUAAUAGAGAUCCAACUUUACAUCCAUUUCCUCAAAAUAUAUAUUGUAAAACUUCAAAUAUACUUCCUCAUGACUUAAAGGGGAAGAUUGUGGAAGAAGUUAGUAAGAAUGGACUUCAUGUUCAAGAAGUAGCUCAUAAAUAUGGUAUUAAAAUUGCUAGAAUUGAAGGAUUACUUAAAUUACAUGAUAUAGAAAAAAAUUGGGAACAAGAAGGUAAAUUAAAUGAAGAUUUAACCAAUUAUUCCGAAGUCAUGUAUAAAAUGUUUCCAUUAUAUCAACCACCAGUUGGAAGUGAUAAUUUAACUGAAAUUCCAACUCCUCAUAAGACUUUAACGCAAAGAUUUUUAACUAUUGCUGAAUCAGAACCUUUUGGUCCAAUUGAAGCAGCUGAAUUAUUGGAAUUACCAGUUGCCAGUGAUACUUUAUCCAACUUAUCCAAUGUAGAAACUGCUGAAGAUCAAGCUAAUUCUAUUAAACAAGAAGUUGUGGUUGGAACUCAAAAGGAAGGUGAUAGAGUUCAAUUCAAAUUCACUACUUCAAAAGUUGGAAACGUUGGUUUCCGUUAUGGUGCUUCUAGAAGAGAUACCAAGAAAAACAGAGGAGUUGGUUUCGAUUCAGAAGGUCGUAUGGUAUAUAUUUAA